CCCCGCCCCACCCCGCCCAGCAGAGGCGCGAGUGCGGCGGUGCGGCCGCUGUCUCCCGGGUCCUGGCCGCUGCAGCCAUGGGCAACUGCUACACGGUGGGACCCAACGAGGCACUGGUGGUGUCAGGGGGCUGCUUCAGUCCAGAUGCGAAGAAGUAUGUGUUUGGAGGCUGGGCCUGGGCCUGGUGGUUCAUCUCAGAUACACAGAGGAUUACCCUAGAGAUAAUGACGUUGCAGCCCCGUUGCGAGGACGUAGAGACCGCCGAGGGGGUAGCUUUAACUGUGACGGGUGUCGCCCAGGUGAAAAUCAUGACUGAGAAUGAACUGUUAGCUGUGGCCUGUGAGCAGUUCCUGGGGAAAAAUGUCCAUGACAUCAAGAAUGUGGUCCUGCAGACCCUUGAGGGCCACCUGCGAUCCAUCUUAGGGACCCUGACGGUGGAGCAGAUCUACCAGGACCGGGACCAGUUUGCCAAGCUGGUGAGGGAAGUGGCCGCCCCUGAUGUGGGUCGUAUGGGCAUCGAGAUCCUUAGCUUCACCAUCAAGGAUGUAUAUGAUAAAGUGAAUUACCUGAGCUCCCUGGGCAAGUCACAGACAGCCCAGGUCCAGAGAGACGCUGACAUUGGAGUGGCCCAGGCAGAGCGAGAUGCUGGCAUUAGGGAAGCCGAGUGCAAGAAGGAGAUGUUGGACAUGAAGUUCCUGGCGGACACGUACAUCGCCGAUUCCAAACGCUCCUUCGAGCUGAAGAAGUCAGCCUUCACAGAGGAAGUCAGCAUAAAGACAGCCGAGGCCCAGCUGGCCUAUGAGCUCCAGGCUGCCAAGGAGCAGCAGAAAAUCCGGCAGGAGGAGCUGGAGAUUGAGGUGGUACAGAGAAAGAAACAGAUCGAUGUGGAGGAGCAGGAGAUCCUCCGGACAGCCAAGGAGCUCGUGUCCACUAUCCGGCAGCCCUCAGAGGCCGAGGCCCACCGCAUCCAGCAGAUCGCUGAGGGAGAGAAGGUAAAGAAGGUCCUCUUGGCCCAGGCAGAAGCAGAGAAGAUUCGGAAGAUAGGGGAGGCAGAAGCCAUGGUGAUCGAGGCCCUGGGGAAGGCCGAGGCUGAGCGGAUGAAGCUCAAGGCUGAGGCCUACCAGCUGUAUGGCCAUGCUGCCAAGCUGUCCCUCGUGCUUGAUGCCCUUCCCUCGAUUGCUGCCAAAGUGGCUGCCCCACUGACCAAAGUGGACGAGGUUGUGGUGCUCAGCGGUGACAACAGCAAGGUCACUAGCGAGGUGACUCGCCUGCUCGCGGAGCUGCCGGCUUCUGUUCACGCUCUCACUGGGGUGGACCUGUCCAAGAUCCCUCUGGUCCAGAAGGCAGCAGGGACGCAGGGCUGAGGGGUCCUUGCCCAAACCCCCGCACUCCGACACGGGUUCUCCUACCCAGGGACAAUGGAAGUUUUACUGACUCUGGUGCCUGAUUUUGUUGGGGCCAGGAGUGCGCCCGGCCCAGUCCAUCCACAUGGCUCUGUCCUGUCAUCUUCUGCCUCUCCUUUCUUCUUCUGUCCUUCUCCAUCUCUCCGCCUCUUCCUCCUCCUCUCUUCCCCAUCUCUUGUGUUUGUGUGCGCACUCUCCUCACCUCCACCAAUCAUAGUCGAAGCUAAGGAUGUUUGCAAUCACUGUUUGUCUUUGGGGGGCAGCCUGCCUGCUCCUCACAAUCCUGGUGCCUUGAAAUUCCUUGGCCAUCCAUUUGUCCACCCUGUGGCACUCGCCGGAGCGCAGCACGAAGGAGGAGGGAGGCCUUGAGUUGUUCUGCUGGGCUCAUCAGAAGCCACAGCCUCUUGAGCUUCUGCCAGCCUGGGACUGGGCUGUCUUCCCUAGAUGUCCCCUGGCCUUGUACCCUCCCACUCCAGCCGGCCCUCCAGGGUGGGGAGCACUGGGCUGGGGUCCCUGGUUCCUUUGUUCAGGCUCUUCUGGCUCACCCGACAAACCACAGCUUUCUACAAUCUCUCCUCUCCCCAAGAGGACAGUGGAGAUGCCUUUUGUUUCUCCAGCUGCCAGAAUCCAUUAUUGGGUAUGGAUUGUUGGGAGGCCAAAGGGAGGAUCAGGCUGCCCCCUGUCCUCUGCAGGGGCUUCACCUUGCCCAGUACUGUGCCAAGAGUAGAAGGAGGCUGUCUGGGCCAGUGUGCAUGGCCCUCCCUCAUAACUCAGGGUUACCUCCUACUUGGGCAUGACUCUGGGGGCAGGGAGCAGGCAGAAGGAGAAGGUUCCCUACUGGCUGAAGGUGCAAGUUUGCACUGGGGCUGAGCCCAGCAGAGAAGCCAGAACCCCAGGACUGCCUGCCCAGGAAGGGCCGCAGUAGAGAGGAACAGACUAAGCUCCUGACCCUUUGUCAUGGGUGGUCUGCAUCCCAGUGAGUGGAUAGUGAUUUGCCACCACUGGGUGGAUUCCGGUGUUGCUAGCCCCUAGGUGCUGCCCUUUGUCCACUCCCCCACGUUCCUUAUGCCACCUUACUCUUUAACCCUGCCACAGGACGUGUCCCAGGCUCCAUAUUCUUGUUCCUUCUGCUUGAUGCUCAGGAGCCUGUCCUAGAAAAUCUAUCCUCCCAGCUUGUAUGUUCUGAGAGCUGCCCAUGGGGCAAGGAGGUGACCUUCCUCUUUCUAAUUUGUCCCCAAAUCCCAGGGCCAUCGCUCUUAGCCAAAAGAGAGAAGGUGGAGAGACAGGGGUCACCCUAGUUGGCCAGAGUCUAGGCCAGGUGUAUCCUGGGGUGUUAGGUGUGGACUGAGCUGAGGAGGGCAUAAGCUGGGAGCAUGGAGUGCUGUGGUCAUCCCAUCUGGGCACAGGCUCAAGCCUACAUGGACAGGGUUCCAGUUAUUCCCUGAGGCUGCCCAGGCUGCUGGCCUACAUCACGUCACUGUCUCUGCAUGUGAAUGCUGCAUGUCUGGCCUGGGCCCUUCCCCUUCCCUCUGGUAUAAUAAAGACUCCUUGCACCCAA